UUUCAGCAUCCUCCCAAUAACAUAUUCAAAGUGAUUAGAGGGAGCACUCCAGGACGACAAAGUGUUUCUUCCGAUCUCGAAGUUGUCCUUACGGAAGGGCGAUAUAGGUGUUACGCGAAGAAAACAAAAUCGUCCGACUAUCAGCUGCUGAGAGACUACCACCUCAUGGCUUUUACAGAACGUCCAUUACCACCGGAAUUGAUUGAAGUUCGCAUAAGGAGGUCCGAGCCACGAGAGAUAUUUGUAAAAUGGAAAGUGGAAUGGCUCGUUUAUAACAGGUCCACAGCAAGGAUCGGGGCUGUGCUAGCUGCUUGA